AAAUGCACACAUUGCAUUGUGGUUGACCAGAACUCUUUAAAAACAAACCUAAACUACCAGCAGUCUUUUCAGUAACUAUUUCUUUAUUAGACGGUACUUUAUGAGCACUUUUUUCAUCAUCAUCUUCUCCAGUUGGCUGUUCAGCAACAAGCGAUAUAUCUGGCCUCCUUGCCGGACAUAGAGAUUCGCCAUGGGCCAAUAACUGGGCACGGCCCUUGCCUUUGGCUCUCCCUCUCCCUCUGCCGCCUUUUGGCAUUAAAUAUCGAUAUUUUCAAAUUACAAAAUAUCGCAUAUGAUUUCACAGUUUUAUACCUAUUGUUUAUUAUUAAAAUUGUUUAACUUUUUACCACUGAAGCGCUGUAGCUCAGUGUUUUUUUACCCGAAUUUGUAAACAUUUUCAUUCGUUACGUAUCGACUAUUCGUAUGCUUGCGAUUCAAAGUUUAAUAACGUCAUAUAUAAGUAUAAACAACUUGAGUCGCCAUCUUGUGUAGCUCGUGUGAUAUAAAUUUGUCAUUUGGUGUAAUACCAGUACGUCUCGCUUUCAAUUAAACACAUUUUCUACAACUUUGAUUGCUUUGGACGACUUUGAACAUUCAACAAUUAUGCUCUUAUUGAUAAAAAAAGCUGCAAUAUGAAGCAGAAUAUGAAGUGUGUAAAAGAUAAAAACCAUAGGUAAAAUGCACCGAGCUAAAACGUUUUCAGGCGAUGACGUGUGAUCUAUGGUGUGAUCCAUUGAGAUCAUGGCCCUUAACCUGCGAACGGGCAUGCUCGGGUUAACACCGAGCUUGGACCUGGGGACAAGGUGAGCUGAAAGUUUUCUGAUUUCUUUAUUUAUUUUUUUCAUUUUGUUGUACAAAAUUAAACUCAAAAGACACAGUAAAUUAUUUCACGGGUGCUUUUAGGAUGAGAAAAAAAAGUUAUUCGGUAGAAAAAAUAAUUUGGCCACAAAAAGUAGCCAAUUGCCGACUCCCGGGAAUGUUCAGAACUCCAUGCGAGUUCUCCGGAUUUGAACCAGGGACCUUUAGAUCUUCAGUCUAACGCUCUCCCAACUGAGCUAAGUCGGCUUGGCUUGAUCUACGUUGUAAAUUUACUGUACUUAUAGCCAAAGCUUCCAGUACUAGAAUUCCACUUGGAAAUUUCGAAUGUCGAUAUUAUUUAAUUAAAAUGUCGAGCUUUUAUAUAUUAUAGUUGUUCUUGUUCACUGUUCAGUUAUGACUGCUUUCUCCAAGGUUAAUGCUAAAUGUACGGAAGCUCUUCAUCCGUGGACAACGUCGUGUUCAUUUGCUACCCUAGAGAUAUUUUAUCAUGUCUUUCGCACUUCUUUUAAAAUUUAUGGCACCUUAUAUCUGGUGAGAUUUGAUGUAUCUAUUAUGUACACGUUAUGAAAUAUGUAAGCGGCACUAGAAAACAUUAAUUUUUUGACAUUGAUAGCACUGUAUUUAUAAAGUCCUACAAUCGAUUUUCCAGGUAACUACACUUCUCAGAAGAAAAGGUUGGGAGUAUGUGAAAAAAGAGUUGUUAUACGAAGUAUUGAGAUCUACUACUUUUUUGUCAUUAAAUGGUGGUUUGUUUGCAGCAUUCCUUUGCUUGACCAGGUAGAGUUGAUAAAUUGUUAAGAUCAUGGUACUGUGUUUCUCAGUUCUCACUAUUGUUACCAGUCUCCACAAUCAUCAAGACCAACACCACUAGUACCAAACCAAUAAACCACCAUUAUCACUAUCAUCACUGUCGCCACCAACAACACUUAUCACCACCAACACCAUUGUCAUAACCAUUGCUACCAUUACAACCACCAUCAUUAUUCAGUACUUUACCAUAACAAAACUUCUUCACCAUCAAAAUCACAACCACCAUCAACGUCAUGAUCACAUAUCACUAUCAGAACCAUCUUGAUCACCACUACCAUCACCAUCAUAAUUAUAACCAUCAUCACCACCACCUUCAGCACCACUAUCAUCAUCACCACCAACCCAACCAUUAUCAUCACCAUAUUACCAUCAUCACCACUACCACCUUCAUUAUUACCAUCAUCGCCACCACCAACCUAACCAUUAUCACUACCCUCAUUACCAUAUUACCAUCAUCAUCACCACCACCUUCAUCACCACCUUCACCAUCUUAACCAUUAUCACAACCCUCAUUACCAUAUUACCACCGCUGGUCACCUUCAUCACCACGCGCCUUCACCAACCUAACCAUUAUCACCAGCAUCAUUACCAUCAUCACCACCACCAUUCAACCAUCAUUGUUGCAAUUAAUUUACAUUUUAAUGUUUAUAUAGAAAACUUGUUGGAGCAUUCACAGUCUUUACAGGGGGUCUAUUUCCUGCUCUUCUUUCAAGCUAUCUUGGUAUCAUAGUUGAAAGACCAGAACGUCGUGGAUUGCUGGCUUUAUACAUGUUCAAUAAUGUAAAUAAAAAUUGAACUUAUGUCAAAAAUUUUCAAUGGAUGGUAAACCUGUUGAUGGCAGUAUGGCACCAUGUAUUCUAAGCACCAUACCAUAAUUUAUUACCAUUUCUAGGCUCUUGAAGCAAUUUUUAAUGCACUGGUUAGCAGAAAUAUUCUAAUGACAUUGUCAUAUGGAGAGGUACCAAAAAGUUAAAAUAUUAAAAAUUAGAGUACAUUUUUAGGUUCAUAUUCCUAUGGUAGAGUUCAUAUCAUAACAAAUGUGUAACAGUACCAAAACUUGUAUGGUUCCACCUGUUCACAUGGUUCCAAAUUUAUAAUAGUCCCAAGUAAACAGGAACAUGCAAGUUUUAGUCAUAUCAUAAUGAUUUAAAACUAUUAUCGAUACACUUUCAUUAUUAUUCUAAUAGGUUUAUAUGUUUUGUACAGCCACAGGAUUAUUAAUGUAUUUAUACAGGUAAACCAGAACUGCAUUGACACUAUAGAUCUACAUUGCAAUGUACUGUAUAUAAUAUUAACUAACUGCCUAAAAAUUUCACUUUUUAGGACAAACAAAUUAAAUAAUGGUCUCUUAAAUAGAAUAAUCAAGUAAGUAAUAAUAAUAUAAUUAUACAGACCUUUUUCAGUGAAAAUUUAUGGUCCGUAUAACAUUUUCCUGUCUCGGCAUCUUUGGUAUUUACUGAUGAUACCAUUAUGGUACUGUAAGUAAUCGGAACUCAUCUGCUUGGGAUUAUUAAAUCUUUUUGUUGAAAUAUAAAAAUUAUGUACUCUAGAUUUCUUCUUGGAGAAGAAAAAUUAAAUGCAAAUUCAACUAGUUCUCAAAAUGAAUUCUCAGUUAUUGGACAUACAGACAUUUAUAAAAGGUAUGUGGAACUUCAUUUUUACAAACUUGUAAGUGGGUGUCACUGUCAUCAUACAACCAUGGAUUUAAUUUGUCCCUAAAUUUUUAUUGCAAAAUUUUUAUACUGUGAUUUGUUUGCAGAUUAUUUUCACCAAUAAAAGCGUUCUCUAUUGGUUAUUUAAUAGAAGCAGUACCUGGAAUUUUUAAGUCUCUUUUUCAGCCUAGUAAGUUUACUACAGCCUAGCUACUGUGAGCGAUAUACGAGGCGACAUAUAAUCUGUUAGGAGGCAUUAUCUGUUAGGGUGGUCUGACAGACUAUCUGAGACAUCAACUAUCAUUACUAGCCAGUUUAGCAACCUAGCAGAAUACAAUCUAAACAGCUGGUAAUGAUAUGGUACAUAAAUCUAAACAUUUUUUCCCACAGUGAAAAUUCCACAAAUUUUGGUGCACAAGAACAACUUCAAACUUGGCUUGUUUCUCGGUAGUUUUGUUUCAAUAUUUCAAGUAAGUAUAAUUUUCCUUUUACAAAUCUGUUGUGGGUUGAUUUAAUUAAGUUUUAUCUUCAGUUUGUAGAAUGCUUAUCAGCAAUUCUCCGUAAAAGGAAAGAUUCCUUUAACAGUUUGGUAGCAGGUAAUGUUUUUUUAAUAAAAUUUGGUCCAAAUGUAUUUAUAGUUCAACUGAAUGCUAGUUAACCCAUUGAGUGGCAGCACUCUGCCCCUGACAAGUAAAAUCUGGCGUUAGACAGAGUAAAAUAGUAUGGUGUUAGACAAAGUAAAAUAGUCUGGGGUUAGACAGAGUAAAAUAAUAAAGUAGGUUGCAUCUGGGCACAUUGCCACUUAAAAGGGUUAAGUAAACAUGAUCAACAGCAUACCAACUAAGUUUUUUGACAAUAAAGUAAAUGAUGUAACAGAUAAAAUUGUAAUGUUUAGGUGCAGUGUCAGGACUAUCAAUGCUAUUUUACCGAAGUUCAACCAUUAGUUUAUAUUUAUUCACAAAAGUGGCAGAGGUAUGGGAAUGCAUACUCAGUAUUCUACUAUGGAUUGUGAUAACACAAGUCAAUGAUUGUAUAUUUCAGAUUCUAUUCAAGAAUGCUCAAUACCAAGGUGUUCUGCCAUUUAUUCCUUAUGCUGAUAUUAUUAUCUACACAUUAUCAACAGCUAUAACAUUUCAUAUGGUAAUGUGUACUGCUUGAACCUCAAUCUAUGCAUAGGACAUAAUCUGUAUUGUUCACACUAGUAGAACAUUACUAUUUGCACUCUAAUCUUUAGACUUCACUCUUCUAGUGUGUAUUCGAAAGUCACAAUGUGCGACCAAGCUAUAUGAAUUUUCUCAAGCACAUAACAAGUAAUAGGUAUGUUUGAAAAAGUUAUGAAUAAAAUGAUAUAUUAUCUAAAUUGUAAUAAUAUAAAGAUGUAAUUUUGCUUAUGUUUUCUAGGAUCGUGCCUGCAAGUAUAAAUUUCCCUAAAUUAUUUUUGGACGGAUCAUAAACAUAAGGUACAAUAAACUCUGAUGUAAUUUAUUUUUCUACCGGCUACUAUAUUUAUUUUACAAGAUUUGCCAAGCAGAAAUACAGUCAGAACCCCAACCUCAUCCCCAGGUUGUUUUUGUGUUAACCCUGGGGGUGAGGUUGUCAGAACUCCUAUAAACUGACCCCUUUAAGCAGACAAAUCUCUGGACUCUAUAUGUUAAUAACACACUAUUAUUAUAUCACCUAAACAUUAAACAAUUUACAUAGAGUACAGGCACCAACAAAAUCUAUCAAAUCCAUCUACAUGUAUUGAAUAUAACUACUGUCAACAACAUGUUCUUGAUAAACUAGUGAAACUAUGUUUUGUGACGUUGUCUCUGAGUGUGUCCAUACCGUGUAAGCUGGAAAAUUUGCUUGACCACGGUGGGAAUCAAACCCGCAGCCUUUGGUUUGAGAGCAACAUCACCAGAAACAAGAAUUCAAUUCAACAUUGGACACUUUAGGUUGUCCAGAACAACAAGUUGUAGAACAACAAGUUGUAACAAGUUGUAGAAGAUUUUGAUAUACAGCUCCAUUUCUUGUUUAGAUUGUAGCUGUCUUCACUGCAACAAGUCCUGCACUAAAAAUAUUCCUUUCAUGAUCUUCCCCAUCAGUUUCCAUUUGGUCUGAGGCAGCACCACUUGCAGUAACACUUGAUACUGUAACUUCAAUUGUAGCAGGAGUGAUGGAAGUGGUUCCAUCUGUUACAGUAGUUGUAUCCAUACCAGCAGUUGCACCUGCUUCAUUCUUAUUUCCUUCAUUAGCUUCCACAACCUGUUGCUGCCCACUGUUCUCACCAACAAAACUCUCCUCGCUCCUUCUCCUUUUUGCCCUCUUAUUUUUAAACCACAUAGCAAUACUAUCUGAGGUCAACAUUCGCUUUGAUUUCUGUGACCUUGCUUCGUUUAGGAUAUUUGUAUAUUCCUCAAUAAUCUCCUUAUCUGGUCGUUCAUUAUCGUUAAACCAUUUGUUAAGACUGCUCAGUUCGGUCUGCGGGUCAAACGUAAUCCGAGAUUUGGGUAUCUUUCUAGGCUGUCUGUCUUGUGGCGUAUACCUUGCCAGCAUGGUAGCUAGACCAUUGAUUGGCAUACGAACCUCAUCACUGCUUUCCUCUGUAAUCGCCAUAGCAAUGGAUGCACCACCAUUUUCCCUUGUUGCCAUGGCAACCUGAGGUGUACUACUCUUAGCAAGUUGAGACGUGGUCGCACUGGUAGGUGUGUCCCCAGUUGCUUGAGGUGUGUCUCCAAUUGCCAUAGUAACUUGGGGUGUGCCCCCACUCUCGGACAUUUCCCAAGGUUCGAGCAGGCUUGAGUCCUCUUUCCUCUUUUUUGACCGCUUGUUUUUAAACCAGAAAUAAAUACUUUCUUGUGUUAGCAAUCUGAUUGAGGCCAUUUGUCUUGGGAUGUUUAAAAUUUCUGUAUACUGCUGCAUAACCUCUCUGCUCGGACGCUCAUCCUCAUUAAACCACUCUGUCAAAUUGUCAGUCUCGUUCUGUGAGAAUGUGAUCCUAGGCUUAAAAUUCUUACUUGGUUGUGGCGUAGAAACAACAGGCACAUCUGGCUUUGGAGUUUCAACUCUUUGUUCGGAGUUUCUGAGGCCAUUGUUCGUCAAAUCUUGCCGUCUCAACCAAUGAACAAAUGCCUGGCAUCUGUCAUGACUAAUUGUGCUUGUAUAUUUUCCCUGUGCUAUCAGGCUCAGCAUGCCCUGUCAACAUCAAAAUAUAUAGGAAAAUCUAUUACAUAGUGACAUUUGACCCUUCUGGAAACAUGUCAAUGUAAUGCCCCAUACAAACGAGCAAGUCAUUGACAAGUUUCCCUGGACAAAUUUCACAUUUAUCUCAUGCCAAGCACCCUUUUGUUUGCCAAAACCUAGAAUUAUUUUGUAUACACUUGAAAAGCUUUCUUUCCAAAAGCUAGCAUUACUGGAAGAAACAAAUUGUCAAUUUUUUUGCUGUGCACACAAACAAAUAAAACUUGUGAAAGAAAAUUGCCAGAAAACAUGAACUUAAUUAAAUUAAGCCCCAAAAAUUCAAAUCAGCACUGUAUUGAGUAAUAACACCUACAUUAGACAAUGGACAUUCAGCAGCUGCCAGUGUUGCUAGUGAUCUUGUUUUCAGAAGUUCAUUAACAAUAUUCUUCACUUCUUGGUCAUCUGCCUCGUUUCUAGGUUGAAAGUCAAAAUAACCAUGGUAACCCAUUGAGCACCAGCACUCUCCCUUGACGAGUAUAAUUACGCCAGUUGUUCAAAGGUGGGUUAGUGCUAACCCAGGGUUAAAAUUUAACCUGCUGAUAUGUAUUUCUGCACGUCUGUUUAUUUCAAAACUUCAGAGAAGAAAACUCCUACUGAUCCAGACAAGAUCUCCGAAGAAAUAUUUCCAAAUUUAUAAACAAGCUCGAGGGUUAAUUAAGCUAAGCCCAGCUUUGAACAACCAGCCCCUGGUGUUAGACGUGUAGGGUAAAAUAAUAAAUUGUGGUGUAUUCACACAAAUGCAGCUUAAUGGGUUAAUUAACCUAGCUACAAAAAUCUAUUUACAUUGAACAUAACAGUAACUAAUAGUAUAAACCUGCUCAAUGGGAGUAAAAGAUGUAAUCGCAAACACUUACUCGCUUUUUGGUACGAUCCUUAAAACAGGUUUAUGCAAGCCUGUACAUAAGGUACCCAAGACAUCUCCAACUGUGUAGCAAUCUUUCUUGUUCUCAAAGUCAACAAUGAAAUCUUUAAAUUCAAGCCAUUUCCAUGCUGGCAUAAUACGGAUUGCCACUAGAAGAGAUAUUGAAGGAUUAUAUUAUAUUAUCCAUUGCAACCAACAGUUGUCAAGUUAAAUCGUGUCACAAUAGACCUUUGUGGAUAAAGGAAAACCCCACACAGCCAUUUGGCAAUUGGCCAAAUGAUCGUAUUUAUCCGCAAAGCAAAUUUUGUCAAAUACCGCAGCUUUUGAGUCCAAAAUUGCAAAUACCGUGUACCGCAAGUUUUCAAAUACCGUAAUUUUCCAAGGAAAAUACCGAAAUACCGUAAGAAAAAUAAGCUAAUACCGCCAUACCGUAAAUCCCAAUGCCCACCUCCUAUACGGGCUAUUCAUUUGACCUUGGCAAGCCAGCUGGUUAUGUUUUUCAAUGUUUUAUUCAGUAUUCAAAUGGCUAAACCAUAGAUUAUAGAUUAUACCAGAUGUCUCACUCAGCCAAAAUUGUGUCCGCGAUUUUUUAUGAGCACGAAUUGGCCGCCAUUUUGGCAGUAAGUGUAAUCCACGCCAUGAAACGUGAGCAAUCACGCCUUUUGGCAGUAAGCGCCAUUUUGGCAGUAAGUGUCGCACGCGUCAUCUGGCGUGAUAGCCUUGCGAAAAUCGCGGACACGAAAAUCAUAGAGAUAGAUACACAGUGAGACAUCUGGUAUGAUCUAUAAUCUAUGGCUAAACCCUAGCACAUAGUAGAUACAUACAGAGCUGUAACUGGCCGUCGUAAAUACUGCAGAAAGUUAUGUUUUCAUGCACCCACUUUUUUCAGGCGACCGGGCAAAAAUUAUCAACUGCGCGUGUUCGGCAAACAGUUAAAGCAAGCCGUCAUCCAAUGGGAUGCAUGCAUCUAGUAACUUGCCAAGCAUGCACACAAAGAAGUGGGUACACUAGUUAUAACUCUGUAUAUGUAUCUACUCUGUGACCCUAGUCUCCCGGCCUUGUGGCUGUAGGUCUGUUUGCAUGUCAAGACGUUUACACAUUACAAUUUGUUGUGUAUUAUUUAAAUUCUGGGUUAAUGUAAUCGACAAACCAUGCACAGAUCACAUUGCAAAUUUGCCACAAUCUAAGUGAAUUGUAGUAUUAGUAGUAACUUUCAUAUGCCACAAUACAAAUUGUAAAUGAGAAAUUGCUGUGUAAACAUACCCUCACUUGCCUGGAAGGUGAAUAUAUUUAUAGCUGAAACUGUUGCCAAAAGUACAGUAAUAUUUUGCAAACUAAACCACAUUUGUUGAAUAUAAAUUAUAAAGUGAACAACUUUAAUUGCACACACACUAUAUUCGCUUGUACUUCUUGCCUAUAUUUUAUGUGAACCUGGUCAGCCAACUCUGAUCAUGUGAAUAUAGCCCAAAUAUUAGAGAUUUUAAUAGAGAGAUAUAAAUAGAUAAUAAGGCACAUUGCAGCUCAAUGACAAUGAUAUAUGCGCUAAUAAUGCGCCAUGUCUAAAAACUAGCAAAUUACUAAACUCAAAAUUCUUCAAUACAUAUAACAGCAACUAACCAUAGGCACGUAGAAUAGAGCGAUCAAUCCCACCAAAACUCUUCAAAGGUGUACUCUUUUCUCCACCCGUCUUUUGAGCUGCUUUUUCGUCUUUGGCCUUCAAAUAUUGCAAGCCUGUCUUGCGAAAAUUAUCGUCGAGCCAUAAGCCUUGAACUAUAUUGCCCAUACUACAAGCUCUUGGUAACUUUACAUCAGCUACUAGCUGACCAUUGAAACUUAUAUCACAUAGAAUAAAUCCAGAGUUUUGUUCAUCCAUAUUGAGUUAAAAAUUUGAGUUUAUAAAUCCAACAAAACACCGUUUAGGGAAUUCGCAGGCGAGCGCCACCAAAUCCAAGCCGAAAGCCUCGUAUAAAACCCCCUUUGUUAAAAUUAAUCCCCGACCUAAUCUUUGGUCAGCGAAUCGUAGACCGUUUUGAAUUCUUUUCUUUUGCCAAUGAGAGCGUUACCAUGUAAACGGAUUAUAUUUGAACCAUAAAUGAUGCAAAAUAUGACAGAAAUUUUAAUCCUUUUGCUUGUUUGAGCUUUUUAAAAGCGACUUGAGAAAAUUUCUAAUCCAACUAUUCGUGUUUAUAUUCGCGAAGAACGCUAAACUACCGUCAUUUGCAUCUAACGGUGAACAUUAGCAAACUGUGACAUUGGCACGUGAACAAUGUAGAUUUCUCCCAAAUAUUUCCCUUUCUGCCUUACCCUUGGAAACAUUUUUGCGAAAACGAAUUUUCCUUUCCCAGGAUCAAAAAUGCUUCUCAACGAAUUCCGAAACCAAACAUUCCCGAAGUGUGAUUUUUACAGAAAAAUUUUUUCCUGUAGUUCAAUCUAUUUUAUAGUGAUGGUGAUUAUACUGACGACAUCCUUGAUGAUGAUGACUAUUGUUGAUGGUGAUGAUACUGAUGAUGAUAUCGGUGUGAUGGUGAUGAUGAUUAUUGUUGAUGGUGAUGGUGAUAGUGAUGAUGACGAUAUCCUUGAUGGUGAUGAUGAUUAUUGUUGAUGGUGAUGAUGAUAGUGAUGAUGACGAUAUCCUUGAUGGUGGUGAAGGAUGAAUGAUGACAAUGAUACAUAGCUAUUUUAAUCGUGGCAAAUUGUAUUUAACUAGUAUUUUUCCAAUACAUUUAUAUUGAGAAUUCGUAAUAAAAUAUACAGUGGACCAAUUAUAAUAUAUUAGAUCUUUGCAAUAAAUAAAAUAAACCUUUGAGGUUCUAUAUACAAUAUUACGUAAGGAUACAUUAUAAUUUCACUUCUUUUUUGCUUUUGGUGACUUGCGCGCUCCCUUUGGACUCUUGCUUGUUUUUCGUCCUUUUGCGGGUGAUGGCGACCUCUCCUUGACUGGUUCAAUUACCUCUUCUUCCGGGGGUUCCUG